AAAGAGGUGGAAAAAAAAAAGAAACAAGUAGUCGAGGCGUUCGUGGAAACAGGAAGCAAAGAGGGGGAAAGCAGAGCGGAGGUUGUUGUUGUUGUUACAAAAAAAAAAAAAACUUCGGAUGGGAGCGCUCUGUCUUUUACUACCCCGUUAUUUUGAGCUCUUUGGACCAACAGUGCAGCCGCGCUUGCGGUUGGCUAGAUCGCGAGGACUUUCCGUCCGUUGCCUGGACACCGCUGAGGGAGGGAAGAUCGCGCGCUUCGCGCCGAAGUGGACGGUGCAACGGCUACCUGAUCAGGAGUCUCGUUUUAUUUGCCCUCCCUGACCAUCCACAACACUGGAAUGACCCUCACCUUACUGUUGUUUUAUCACUUUAAAGGCAGGGCGUGACAUUCCUCCUUUUAAACCGCGGCCCUAGUCGAUUUUACUGGAGUAUUUUGACGUUUGAAGAAGUCUUCAGUUCGUCUGACAGGAACGGUGCACGCGCAGGCAGCGUGAGCUAACGAGAGCUAGCGACUUAGCUGCUAAUGUCAACUAACAUGGAAGGAGAGGUGCAUGUGUUACAUAACAACCAAACGCAAUUAAAUCGCCGACUUCUGACACCCAGCAAGCACAAUAAUGGACGUGAUUUAAUCUCCAAAGAAUAAAACCGCCCAUAAAGACAUUUAUUUGGGAGAGAUGGAGUCCAACCCGCUGAUCAGCGCGAUGGAUCCGUCCAUUACAUUGUGGCAGUUCCUGCUACACCUGCUGGAGGAUCAGAGUCAGAAGCACCUGAUCUCCUGGACGUCUGGGGACGGGGAAUUCAAACUGCUGGAUGCUGAGGAGGUGGCCAGACUCUGGGGGCUUCGCAAGAACAAAACCAACAUGAACUAUGAUAAACUAAGCAGGGCACUUCGUUACUACUAUGACAAGAAUAUUAUUAAGAAAGUUAGCGGCCAGAAGUUUGUCUACAAGUUUGUGACCUAUCCGGACCCCAACUCUGCUGAUGGUCUGAGAGGGCCUGAGGAUUCACAGAGGGCCUCUGCGGGAGAGAAAUUGGAGCUGUCCAAUCAGACCAAACCUCUAGGUGCUGCUAACAGCACCAGCCCAUGUCUCUCCAAGAGCCUGCAGGUUCAGCGCUCCUCCCCCAGCUCGGUGCAACGCAGCUCCCGCAACGAUUACAUGAAGUCUGGUCUCUACUCUACUUUCACCAUCCAGUCCUUGCAGUCACCCUGCAAAAGCACUUCUAAAUUCAUCAAAACAGAGCACGUCUUGAUUGACGGCAGCCCCAAACCUGCCCCUCUGGACCACACAGUGCAUGAGAUACGAAUGUGUCAGACAGAAGGGCAGCAGGGAACUGUUCAGGCCCAGUCGACUGUGGAGAGCAGCAGUCUGCAGGUGAUAGUGACCCACCCCUCCCCAUGUGCUACACCCGCUCUCAGCCCCCAGACACCCUCUGGCUCAGCCUCUGCAACCACAAAUGCUCAAGCGCAGAAGAGCCAGAGUUUGGGUGACCCACCACAGAUCUACUUGUCCGAUCCUAGCUCUCUGACCUCGCUAAUUCCUCUGGCUCAUGGUGAAUGUGUUGUCAACCCCUCUCAGCCUGUGUUUGUGGUCAUAAAGCCUCCUUCUGUCGGGCCGCCCAAAGAGUCAAAUCUCUCGCCUGAGGAAGACUUGCUGGAGAUUGUCGAUCUGGAAGAAAAAACAGAUGUUGAGUCGGUGUCCACAGUGCCUGUCCCUGGAGAUACAGAUGCCCCAAUCCCUGUGGAUGAACCUUCACCCUGCGUGGAGCCAGUGGCCCAGCCGGUUGGAGAAGGGGAAGUGGAAGAGAAGCCUGAUUUAACUGAGGACACAAAUACUUCAUCAGCCUCCCUCUCAGAGAGCAUGCAGGAAGUCCAGCCUCCUAAAUCAAAGAAGCCACGUGUGCUGGAGCUGCCAUCCUCGUCUACACUGCUGCCCAUUGGUCUCUCACUGGAUAAGGUCAAUGCAGCGGUGAACAGCCUGCUGGCCUCUGGCAGUGCCACAAACACCUUAACACCCACAGUCAUCACCUCCCAUUCCCUGACUCCAGUGCUGUUGACACCGAGUCCGCUGCCAUCAACCAUUCACUUCUGGAGCACGCUCAGUCCUAUCGCUCCACGCAGCCCUGCCAAGCUCUCCUUCCAGUUCCCCUCCAACGGAAGCAAUCAGAUCCAGAUCCCGGCACUGAGUGUGGACGGCCUAUCCACACCUGUCGUUCUCUCCCCUGGACCACAGAAACCUUGACUUGCGAUUUAAUUCAUUUGUCUCUUGCCUUGGUGAUUGGCUCACUCCCCAGCCAAUAACACGCUGAGGACGACCAAUGAAAGAUAAGACGCUCCAUAAGUUCCGCUUCGAGUUGGGCGGAGCCUCUGCUCCAAUGACGACUCGACAAGAGGAGUGCGCUCUCAGUUGUCCUCUACGAUUGGUUGACAGAGCUGCCCGCUUCUGGGCUUCAUGGUGGUAUUUCAUAGACCAUUUGCUCUUUCGUUUUUCCCUUUGACUUUUAUAUGAUCAUCAACGGUUAUUUAUUUAUUUUUGAUGCGUCUUGGUGCAUCAUGUGAUUGGUGCAGAUUGUGAGUUUGGAACUCUGAGAUCUCACUUCAUUUUUGAUUUCUCACCGUAACAUUACGAGUUAUGGACCAGACGAGGUAACCUCUGAUUGAAUCAAGGCAUGAAAUGCCAUUUAUAGACGGAGCAUUGCUUUCUUGAAAACUUCUUUCUUUUUGUGAUAAUAGAAAGCAUGCAUUUGAAAUCUGACGGAUUAAAGUGCAAGAUUAUUUUUUUCUUUGCGGUUUGUAAAAGGAUAUGACACACUGUUGUUUUAAACAUUUUGUGUUUUUCCAUGGACAAAGGAGUCAUUGAUAAUGCCAGAGGAAUGUCACGGCCAUUCCCGGGAUUUGAAGAGGUGGAACCAGGGAAGAACGGAUACGAAAGAGAUUCAGCAUGAUAUCAAGAUCUUUUUCUUCUACGAAAUCAUUCCUUUAUUUCAAAAUGUCCUUCUUGUAAAUAUAAGUUGCACCCAUUCCAAGAUUAGAUUUUUUUUGUUGUUGGUUUUUUUAAUAUUUCUUUUCAAGGAGCCCUUUCUCUGGCAAAGCAGGCAGAAGUGUCAUGGCGCAGCGUCGUUUUUUUUUUAAUAUUUUUCUUUUUAAGGAAAAUGCCAGAGGAGACCAAAGACCAGCUGUUUAUAUACAAUCCAUCUUCGCAUCUCUAUCGUUUCACAUUUUCUUAGUCUCUUUCUCACGCUGAGUUUCUAUUUUUACUCUGCCACAUCAAAGGGCUAUAAGAACCUUCACACAACCAAAACGCUCUCUUGUUCUGACAAUGUACAUAACUGAUAGAUCCGACUGGCCAGCUAUACCUGUAAAACUCAAUAAGCGUUGUACAUAGUCAAAGUAAUUUAUGCAGCUAGUAGUUUUGUGCGGCCUGCCUCUUAUGCUAUGUUCGUCUGAUGUGUAAAAAUCACACUCACGGUUGUUACCUCAAAGCUGUCAAGAGCUCGACACGUCAAAGCAGGCAAGCAAAUGCAUUGCGACUCUUUCCUACUGACACACAAAGCCAACGAUUAUUUGCAUAUUUUCUAAUCUAGCGCCUGUAGUUUGUGUAUGAAGCUCAAGUUUCCUGUGGGGAAAUCAUGGUGGUUAUAUAUAGCGUUCUACAGAGAGCUGUAGUCAGUGUUUAUGGACCGUAACUGCCUCAUGCAGCCUUUUCUAUCAUUUAAUUCGACCUGAGUUUGCAUAACAUACUUCUUUUCAAUUAAAAAACAACAACAUUUGGGUGAUCAGCUCUUUAAUUUGGUGCUUUUGUGUUUUAUAUCUGCGUAAUUGUAAUCAAUGCGAGAGGAUUUGCUCGUAGCAUGCUGCAAUCGCCUACACGUGUCACCUCUCAGUCCUCAGAUUGUUCUCUCUUGCAUUUUGUGCAACUCAUGGCUGAUUUGUUACGUGCGGAACUGUUCUAAUCUCAGUGAACGACUGUUUGUUAAUAUAAAGCUUUUGAGAAAGGCUGUGAAGGUCAGUAAUUGUUCACCACAGCUUUCGGUGGGCUAUGAUGUGUACAUAUGAUGACACAUUGAAUGUUCUGUUCGAGGAGGCGUUUCGGGAGUCGCGUGUCACGUGAUCAGCUUAAAUGUGAUCAGAUUCACACAGACUGUCAUUGGUGAGUUACUUUUACGCCGUGCGUUGGGCAAAAUAAUAAGCCUGCAAUAUCAAAUAACUCACUGUGAUGAGGAAUUUAGUGAGUUGCGAGUAGUACUUUGCCCAUUCUUGAUCUUUAACGCAGUGUGGUGAGUCUGCUUACUGCUUUCAGCCGUCUUCUCAAGCUUGUCUGGAUUUCUGGGAUUGUUUGUGCCUCUGAAUGUCUGCGCAGCUAUGCUCUGUAAUGCACCGCGAAUGCGUUUUAACAGCUGGUGACUCCUCGUCUUUCCCCUUCUAUGAUGCUGGUGUUACCUUUACCGUACAUCAGCACUGAUCAAUACAGUGACAGCGCACUUCCCCGAAUCGAGCGAUCACACAAGUGAUGACUUCAUUUAUCCCCAGUUGGGUUGUUUACAAAACGAGCAAGCUUAAAAGACAGAAAUAGCGAGCCAUAUCUAAAACUAUUUCUGUUGUUGAAAUAAAUGAUUUAAAAAUCGUUUAAUAUUGUAAUAUUUACGAGCCUUUGUCAUGUUGAUGAACUCGCUGCCCCUUUGAGAUAAUGAAUCUAAUGCUGCACGUCUCUGAACCUACAAAGACUGUUUGGGUAUCUUCAUACCACAUUAAAUAGGCCUUAAAGUGGGAUUUCUGGGUAUGUGCUCGUCCAUAGACGAACUAUUUUGGUGUUAAUAGCUUCUAAAAACGUUGUUCUUUUUAUUCUAAAGUCAUCCCGGAAUAUUUUCAUGCACUUAUAACAAGAAAAGCUCCAUUGAAUAUUCAUUUAAAAGUGUUUUCCCCUAUCCUAUUUCCUCAUUAGAACCAAAAUUGUGCAGAAAUUGUAUUUGUGCAAGUUUUAAUUGUGCAAAAAAAAAUAAUGUAAAUGAUUGUUGGUAACCAGCAUGUUUAAAUGUUCUAGUCACUGAAACCUUUAUGCAAAUGACAUUACAUAAAGCCAUUUAUUGAAUAAUUGAUUGGACCGUAGAGAUGGUGGCUGGGACGGUUUUUCUCCUUUGUGAAGGAGUCUUUAAAUUAUUUCCUAAUACCAGCACAGAUUUCAUACCGUGUACAAUUUUCCAUUGCAAGACAGUCAAUCAUUUCAAAAUUUCUCAUUGAGAAAUCCUGUUUAAUGCUUGUUACCUGCUUAUGAAGUCACAAAUCCAAGCACCAAACUGAAACGAUUGUGGCUCAAAACUGUUAAGACAUUUGCCUCAUUUUGCUUUUCAAGUUACUGAAUUUGAACAUCUGCGGUUGUCAGAUGCUGUAAUAAGUCUUUUCACUUGUUGUUUCCUCUUUGAAAUGUUACGUGGGAACUGUUCAUGUAUUCUAUAUUCAAUAAUGUGUUGGGAAAUCUUGCGCUACGCAUAUAUUUGUGUAAAAAAAAAGAAAAGAAAAAAGUAUGCUACUUGUGAAGAAGGAACACGUGGUCCUGAAGGACUCUCGUACUGUUGGGAAGCAGAUCUCUGCGGCCUGAGCUCCCUUUCCCGGAUGAGGAUCACUCUCUGGGAGUUUAUUUCAUAAAGGGACGGAGAGGCUUUUAUUUUUCUGAAUUGUCUAAAUACUAUAUUAUAUGUACUGGAAAGAGACAAAACUAUUUUUCAUCUGCACAUUCUACUUUCUUUUGUUUAUGUGAUAGAUAUUAAUCUUGUUUUCUAAAGACAAAAAAAGACUCGGAACUAAUAUGAAAAUGAAUAAAAGGCUAUUUUGUUCUUUAA